UUUUCGGGUGCUGACGUUCUCUUCCGGUCGUGGUGGCUCCCGAAAGGCAUUUGGGAUGCACACGAUGAGGCUGCUGACAUUUGUGGUGUUGGCUUUAUUAGCUGUCACUCAAGCCGAGGAAGGAGCCAGACUUUUGGCCUCCAAAUCCCUGCUGAACAGAUAUGCGGUGGAGGGGCGAGACCUAACCUUACAGUACAACAUCUACAAUGUUGGUUCAAGUGCCGCAUUAGAUGUGGAAUUAUCUGAUGAUUCCUUCCCUCCAGAAGAUUUUGGCAUUGUCUCUGGUAUGCUCAAUGUCAAAUGGGACCGGAUUGCCCCUGCUAGCAACGUCUCACACACAGUUGUCCUGCGUCCUCUCAAGGCUGGUUACUUCAACUUCACCUCAGCUACAAUUACUUACCUGGCCCAAGAAGAUGGUCCUGUUGUGGUUGGCUCCACCAGUGCACCUGGACAGGGAGGGAUCCUGGCUCAGCGGGAGUUUGAUAGAAGAUUCUCGCCUCAUUUUCUGGACUGGGCAGCCUUUGGGGUUAUGACCCUUCCAUCCAUCGGCAUCCCCCUGCUCUUGUGGUACUCCAGCAAGAGGAAAUAUGACACUCCCAAAACCAAGAAGAACUGAGUGGGGCUUCCACGGCCCUCCUCUCCCAAGAAACCAGGUGCUUUCCAGACUCCAAAGGGGAUCUCAAAUGCAAUCUCUUCUCCCUUCGCCCUUGGCCACCUUCUCCUGGAUUCUGCCCUGCUCUCAACCAGAGUGAAGGAUCAGGCCUGGGAGUCUGUGAGAGCCUCAGUGGUUCCACUGUGAAGCCAUACAAACAGGAAUGCCUUCAGCCCCAGCCUGGAGCCCAGAGGGCCCUCUGGGGCCCCACCGAGGUGCUGUUGGUAUAUCGCUGGCAACAUGAACUCUCAGGGGUCCAGGAGAGGCCCUUCGGAGACUGCCUGACACCACCCCCAUCCCCUAUCGUCCUCUCUCAGAAGAGGGUGAAAGAUGAAAUGAAAGCUGUGGGACUCAGAGGCUACCCAGUCUCUCUUCUGGGUUAGGGAAGCGCUUACCAAAUGGGGUUUUCUAAUAAAAACAAAUGCCACACACUGA